GCCCCUCAGUGCGGCCGGAAGCGCUGGCGGCGUCUUUCGCGGUCCGCUCGCCGGUGCCGGCUGCGCGGUCCCGUGUUGCCAUGGCGGCGGUUGUCGCGGCGACGAGGUGGUGGCGGCUGCUGCUGGUGCUGAGCGCCGCGGGGAUGGGGGCCUCGGGCGCCCCGCAGCCCCCCAACAUCCUGCUCCUGCUCAUGGACGACAUGGGGUGGGGUGACCUCGGGGUAUAUGGAGAGCCCUCCAGAGAGACCCCGAAUUUGGACCGGAUGGCUGCAGAAGGCACGCUUUUCCCAAACUUCUAUUCUGCCAACCCCCUGUGCUCGCCAUCCAGGGCGGCGCUGCUCACGGGACGGCUGCCCAUUCGCAACGGCUUCUACACCACCAACGCCCAUGCCAGAAACGCCUACACACCGCAGGAGAUUGUGGGCGGCAUCCCAGACUCGGAGCAGCUCCUGCCAGAGCUGCUGAAGGAGGCCGGCUAUGUCACCAAGAUCGUCGGCAAGUGGCAUCUGGGUCACAGGCCCCAGUUCCACCCGCUGAAGCAUGGAUUUGAUGAGUGGUUCGGAUCCCCCAACUGUCACUUUGGACCUUAUGACAACAAGGCCAGGCCCAACAUCCCUGUGUACAGAGACUGGGAGAUGGUUGGCAGAUAUUAUGAAGAAUUUCCUAUUAAUCUGAAGACCGGGGAAGCCAACCUUACCCAGAUCUACCUGCAGGAAGCCCUGGACUUCAUCAAGAGACAGGCGCAGCGCCGCCCCUUCUUCCUCUACUGGGCUGUGGACGCCACGCACGCGCCCGUCUACGCCUCCAAACCCUUCCUGGGCACCAGCCAGCGAGGGCGGUACGGAGACGCUGUCCGGGAGAUUGAUGACAGCAUUGGGAAGAUGCUUCAGCUCCUCCAGGACCUGCGCGUCGCGGACAACACCUUCGUCUUCUUCACGUCGGACAAUGGCGCCGCCCUCAUUUCUGCUCCUGAGCAAGGUGGCAGCAACGGCCCCUUUCUGUGUGGGAAACAGACCACGUUUGAAGGAGGGAUGAGGGAGCCUGCCCUUGCGUGGUGGCCGGGACACAUCGCCGCAGGCCAGGUGAGCCACCAGCUAGGCAGCAUCAUGGACCUGUUCACCACCAGCCUGGCCCUCGCAGGCCUGACACCACCCAGCGACAGGGCCAUUGACGGCCUCAACCUCCUCCCCGCCCUCCUGCAGGGCCAGCUGAUGGACAGGCCUGUCUUCUACUACCGCGGUGACACGCUGAUGGCAGCCACCCUCGGGCAGCACAAGGCUCACUUCUGGACCUGGACCAACUCCUGGGAGAACUUCAGGCAGGGCAUGGAUUUCUGCCCUGGGCAGAAUGUUUCAGGGGUCACGACUCACACCCUGGAAGACCACACAAAGCUGCCCCUGAUAUUCCACCUGGGACGGGACCCCGGGGAGAGGUUCCCCCUCAGCUUUGCCAGCACCGAGUACCAGGAGGUCCUCAGCAGGAUCGCCCAGGUUGUCCAGCAGCACCAGGAGGCCUUGGUCCCUGGACAGCCCCAGCUCAACGUGUGCAACUGGGCAGUCAUGUGGCUGCCAAGGAUCAUGCACCCAGCUCCGGCUGCCUCCUGGCUUUCUCCAAAAUCCAGCGCUGCAUGCCCAGCCGGAGGGCAUCACCCACGGCUCCCAUGCCAGCCCAACAGCCCAGGGCUGAAGGCGACAGGCCCAAUUCUGUGUUGAACCCUUGCCAGUCCCCUCUUCCAGGAACCCCCACACCCCACACCUUCCCAGGCCCCCUUCGGGCCAUCUGGAAACAGGAUCAUGAGCAAGGAGGGGGAAGCUGAGGUGCAGCUCACACAUUUGGCCCAGUGGGGCUGCCUCAUGUGGCACCUUCCACGGGGCCGUGAGGAUGUCAGGGUCCUCCAUUUCCACUUUCCUUAGGGGUCUGGAGCCCAGGCCCCUGGCCUUGCCAGCCUUGACCGCGCCAGCCCUGACCACAGCACACUGCAAGGAGGUAGCUGCCCCUACCACGCCCCUCGGCACCAGAGGAAGGGUCCCCCACCCGCCCUGGAAAGGGGGCCCCAGCAGCCACAGCAGUCUCCCGCCUCCCCCUCCGAAGGCUCCUGGGGACUGCCUUCCAUUGAGUGGGUUUUCCCCUCUGUGCUGUAACUGCCAGGCCAAAGCUGAACUGUAAAGUUGAGAAAUGUAAAGUUACAGAAUGAGGAAAACAGCCUUAGAGCACAAGGCAUUUUAGCUGUGGGGAUUUUUCUUUGAAAGGAAAUUGUGUUCUGGGGAGUUGUGCCUCGCGCAACUCCCUGGGUGCAGUCUUCCUCGGGCGGGCGGCCAGCGGGAUUCACAGCUCCCCAUCCUAAGGCUGGUAGGGCACCUGGCCUCUACAGGUGGACAGAGGGGCCUCUACCCUCGCGGAUGCAUCCCCUGGCCUAGCCACGCCUUCCGGCCUUUCUUCCCCGGUCCAGGAGGGAAAGACCCGCCUGCAACCGCA